AUGAACAGAAGAGGCAGCACUGCUCCUUCCCGAUGUCGGUCGCGCCUUCCUGCCGUAGGAUACAGGCGGGUAAUGGCGGCGUGGUUAAGAGUCAACGAAUUUUCUGACAAUUGCGUCGCACACCCCUCGAGCAUUGCGUCUGCUCAAAUUCCAUACGAAAAGAUGUCGCAGAUUACGAUUACGACUGCAGAGUUUCCUCGCGACCGGGAAGCUGUCGCUGCCCUAUUCGCAGCGUAUGCGGAGUCGUUGAACAUCGAUCUAUCGUUCCAGAGCUUUACCGACGAACUCUCACAGCUACCGGGCAAGUAUGCGGCAGAGAAGGGUGGCACGUUAUUUCUGGCCCAGGCAGCAGACUCAACGCCUGCCAAAAUCGUCGGCUGCAUCGCUGUACGCGCUUUCUCGCCGCUAGACACAUGCGAGCUGAAGCGCCUCUAUGUUGUGCCAGAAGCUCGAGGCAUGGGUGCUGCGCAGCGGCUGAUGAACGCCGCGAUUGAGAAAGCGCGGGACCUGGGCUACGACUACAUGCUGCUGGACACGCUGGCGAACAUGACGGCGGCGCGAAAGUUGUACACGCGCUGUGGAUUUGCAGAAGUGGACAAGUAUUACGACAACCCUAUCGAAGGCACUGUGUUCAUGAGGGCUGCAUUGGGGGAGCACAACGAAACUGCUUCAUUACGCCGCGGAAUGUCGUCUUCGUCUGUUGUCGAUUCCGCUUCACUAAAAACCACUCCCGCCUCAUCGCCGCCUCCCGCUGACAUGGACAACCAGCCCAAGAACGCCGACAAUAAGGUGCCCAGCAGUCUGCAGCUGGAAGAGGACCGAAUCCGUGCACAACGCGAGAAGGAAGACGCGAAACGCGAGGCAAAGCUCGAGAAGGAGCGGCAGGCGGAUAUUCAGAGCGGCAAAGAUGUCUUGGACAAAAAGUUCCAGCAAUUGGAGUUCUUGAUGAACAAGAGUAAGCUGUACGCCAGCGUCAUGCUCGCCCAGAUGCAGCGCCAAGAGGACGCGGAGAAGGCCCAGGAUGCGAAGACACAGGGACAAGCCUCGAAGCGCGAGCAGAAGGCAGACCAAGCCGCCGCCGAGACGCAGCGACGAGCAACACGCGCCGCCGCCGCUGGCAAAGAUACACCCGCUGAGACUACAUCGAUGAAGAAAACCCGCGGACGGCCCAAGAAGAGCGCCGACAAGCACGCAAAGAUAUCCAGCUUCUUCAAGAAGGAAGACCUGCAGAAGAAAACAAACAAUGCGAGCGUUACCGAGGCGCUGAAGGAAGCUGCAGACGAUGACAACGUGAAGACUGGCGACAUUGGGUUCCAGAACCUUAGAUCAGCAAGGCAGCCAAAGCUUGUGACGGGAGGCACCAUGCGCUCAUACCAGCUCGAGGGUCUGGAGUGGAUGCUCUCGCUAUACGAGAACGGCAUCAACGGCAUUCUGGCCGACGAGAUGGGCCUGGGCAAGACUAUCCAGACUAUUGCUCUUCUGGCGCAUCUGUGGGAAAUGGGCUCCUAUGGCCCGUUUCUGGUCGCAGCGCCUCUAAGUACCACAAGCAACUGGGUCGAGGAGUUCCGCAAGUGGACACCCACCAUACCAGUCUUACUAUACCAUGGCGAUAAGAAGGAGCGAGAGAAGAUGCGCAAGACACAGCUCAAGCACCCCGGCACUGCGCAGUUCCCAAUCGUUGUGACGAGCUACGAGAUCUGUAUGAACGAUCGCAAGUUCUUGACCCACUUCGGCUGGCAGUUCAUCAUCAUCGACGAGGGUCACCGCAUCAAGAAUCUCGACUGUCGUCUGAUCCGCGAAUUGCAGCAAUACCAGUCCGCCAACCGUCUGCUCAUCACCGGAACGCCUCUGCAGAAUAACCUCACCGAACUUUGGUCACUUCUGCACUUCCUCCUGCCUACUGUGUUCGACAAGCUGUCCACGUUCGAGAGCUGGUUCGACUUCUCCGGGUUGAAAGACAAAGACAAUUUCGAACAGCUUCUGUCAGAAGAGCGACAGCAGUACCUCGUCAAGUCGUUGCACGCAGUCUUAAAGCCGUUCCUUUUGCGUAGAGUGAAGACUGACGUAGAAAGCCUAAUGCCGAAGAAGCGUGAAUACGUUCUCUUUGCGCCGCUUACUCCCAUGCAAAGAGAGCUCUACCAGACCAUCCUGGACGGUACCAGCCGCCAAUACCUCGAAGAAAAGUCGUACGAGAGGCUCAGCGCUGGUCUUGCAAGCGGCACUGCCACCCCUCUAAGCGUCCGCAGUAACAACGGAAGCCUCAAGAGGAAAGUCUUGUCCAACGAUGCUGGUACCCCCAGCAAAAGUGCGAAGACAUCGCGAGAGAGCACCCCGGCAUCAACGGCAUCGAAACGUGGGCGUGGUCGGCCAAAGAAGACGUAUGAGGAAGUCAGUGAUCGGCGGUUCUUCGCCGACCUGGAUCAAGAUAGCGGCUCAGAUGAGACUGAAGAGCCUUUAGAUUCCGAAGCAGAAGAAGAACGUAUACAGACAGCCACCUUUGAGCUGGCCAAGCGUCAGCUCCAGCAAAAGAAACUCGGCAAUCCAUACAUGCAACUACGGCUCUGUUGCAACUCACCCUACAUGUUCUUCAAUCCUUUCCUCAAAGCCGAGACAGACGGCGCAGAAACCUUCGCCAUGGAGACCGAGCCCGACGAGACCAUCGUCACUACGUCUGGAAAGAUGCUCCUCCUCGACUCUCUCCUCCCCGAGCUCCUCCGCCGCGGCCACAAAGUCCUCAUUUUCUCGCAAUUCACAAACAUGCUGGACAUCCUCUCCUCCUACCUCGACCUGCGCGGCUACCCACACGCCCGCAUCGACGGCAGCACCGCUCAGCCCGACCGCCAGUCCCAAAUCAGAGCUUUCAACGCGCCCUCCUCUGGUAAAAAUGCAACCAACGUGUUCCUGCUAAGCACCCGCGCAGGCGGCCAGGGCAUCAAUCUCGCGUCCGCUGACACUGUCAUACUAUUCGACAGCGACUUCAACCCGCAGCAGGAUCUUCAAGCCAUUGAUCGCGCGCACCGCAUCGGCCAGACAAGGAACGUCGUCGUGUACCGCUUCGCCACGCGCAACACUGUCGAAGUUAAGCUGCUCGAGUCCGCGGAGGCGAAGCGCAGGCUGGAGAAGCUGGUUAUCCGCAAGGGUGGCGUGCGAAAUGCACGGGCGCAGGGUGGCAAAGUCGAGGCUGGGCAGGAGUUGGAGGAGUUGCAGAGGUUGUUGAGGAAGAGCGAUGGGGAGAAGUUCGAUGUUGAAGGGGUUGGGGACGCAGGAGUGUUGAGUAAGAAGGAGUUGGACACGUUGCUGGAUCGGAGUGAGGAGGCGUAUGCGAAGGCAGAAAAGGGCGAGGGUGUGGGUGGGGAAGGAGCGUUCAGGUUGGUGGGGAAGAGGGAGGAGGGGGCGCUUAUGGAGGGGUUGAAGGCGUAG